AUGUGGAAACCAGUAUUAUAGCAAAAGCCUACAAGGGUAAUCAUAUAACGACUAAAACCCUUCUUUCUAAUAAUUCUCUCUUCCAAUUCUUGAUUUUCCAACAAUAUGCCAAUCAGACGGAUAGCAAUCGGAACACCACAUGAAGCCACCCGUCCCGACGCCUUACAAGCGGCGUUGGCUGAGUUCAUCUCCACCUUGAUUUUCGUAUUCGCAGGUUCAGGUUCAGGUGUUGCAUUUAGCAAGUUGACUGGUGGUGGUGCUAACACCCCUGCUGGACUCAUUGCUGUUGCUGUUGCUUAUGGUUUCGGGCUGUUCGUGGCGGUUUCUGUUAGUGCUAACAUUUCUGGUGGACAUGUAAAUCCUGCUGUCACGUUUGGUGCCUUUGUUGGUGGUAACAUAACACUUUUACGUGGAAUUUUCUAUUGGAUUGCUCAGUUGCUUGGCUCUGUUGUUGCUUGCUUGCUUCUCAAGUUCACCACUGGUGGCAUGGAGAUAGGUGCAUUCAGCUUGUCCGAUGGAGUUGGCGUUGGAAACGCAUUGGUACUUGAAAUAGUAAUGACAUUUGGUCUAGUCUACACCGUGUACGCUACCGCAGUGGAUCCAAAGAGGGGUAGUUUGGGAACAAUUGCACCAAUUGCUAUUGGUUUCAUUGUUGGAGCAAACAUCUUAGCUGGUGGGGCUUUUGAUGGGGCUUCAAUGAACCCAGCAGUAUCUUUUGGCCCAGCAUUAGUGAGCUGGAGUUGGAACAACCAUUGGGUUUAUUGGGUUGGGCCACUUAUUGGUGGUGGGCUUGCUGGGCUUGUUUAUGAGUUCUUCUUCAUCAACCAGACCCAUGAUCCUUUGCCUCAAUAAGCAAUGAUGUGAAGUGUAUAAUGUAAAUGGUGAAUUUUCUAUUUUUCUGUGUGAUUUCACAAUUGCCCUUGAUUUGGGAUGAACCUGGUUAUCUGGUUGUACUGUGUGAUGGUUUGGGGUGGGUGGGUGAGGGGUGAGGGGGUAUUUAUGUAAAUAUGUUAGUUUCAUGUUUCAAAUGUUUCGUUCUUUUAAUUAUGUUGCAGCUAUUAUGAAAUAUAUUAAUGCGGAUGUCCAUGUAGUU